AUGGGUCAUAGCUACUACGAUCUGGCAACACGUGCCCUGGCUUGCUACCAGGCUCUACCAGAACCAGAUUCAACCAGAAAUCAAAGCAAACGCCUCCUCAUAGCGCUCGCCGGCCCGCCAGGGUCAGGCAAAGGACGAAUCGCCUCGAAAGUUGCCAAAAUCGUCAAUCAGAGCGGUGUCUCUUGCUCCGUAAUCUCAAUAGAUGGAUGCUCUCAAGACUCUCACAACGAUACAAGCAGCAUAUUGCCAAAAAGUCCAUCCUGGACCUUUAAAGGAGCAGCGGCCGUCGACCUCGUUCAGCAGAUCCAAAGACAGACGACAGAACCGAACGACAUCAAAUCACCUUACACGAUACACGUGGAGGAUGUGGAGUCUCACAAGUUGAACGUCGCUGGCGACGCCUCCAUAGUCAUUUUCGAGGGUCUCUAUAUGCUUUGCGAAGAUUUGCCUUGGGCGAGGAUCCAGGACAUGGUCAAUGAGCGAUGGUUUGUCGAAGUCGAACCUGAAGUGGGCAGACAACGGGUCGUCAAGCGAUUUCUCGAUACUGGAUUUGAGAAAGACUACGAGGCCGCUUGUACGAGAUAUGACGAGAACGAUGUCUUUAACGCAGAAUUCAUCAAUCGGACGAGUAAAGGAAGAGACGUGACGGUCAAAAGCAAGGACCGGCGAAGUUCCUCGGGAUCAGGCUAUUAG